AUGGCCGAACCAGAGAAGAAGCUCGAGAAGCUCGAGAAGGAGCAGGAGCUUGAAGAUGCCGCCUUCCUACAGAAUCUCGAGAAGGAGUCGAAGGAGUUUGACAAGGACAGCGAGAUUGAACGCAUCAUGAAAGCUUUCCGCGCCAACGCCUACGACGUGCUCGACCUCCAGCCCGGUGUUCCCGACGAAGACAUCAAGAAGACAUACCGCAAGAAGUCCCUCCUCAUACAUCCUGACAAGACCUCAAAUCCACAAGCACAAGACGCCUUCGAUCGCCUAGCAAAAGCAUACCAAGCUCUCCUCGACGAAAAGCAACGACCAACCCUCGACGAAGCAAUCGCCGAUGCACGUAUGCUCCUCAUUCGAGAUCGCAAGCUCACGACAGACAGCGAGGAAGUCAAAGACCCAGAUGUGGAGUUUAUGAAAGCGUGGAAGGAUAAGGUGAAGUUCGUGUUGGCAGAUAAUGAGGUCAGGCGGCAGAGACAGAUGAAGGCACAGAUGAGAGAAGAGGGCAGAGCACAGCAGAAGGAGGACGCCGAGCUGGCCGAGCGCAAACGAAAGAGGGAGCAUGAGCAAGAUUGGGAGAAGACACGCGAUGAGAGGAUCGGUAGCUGGAGAGAUUUCCAGAAGAAGCAGGGUGCUGAAGCCAAGGGCAAAAAGAAAAAGAUGAAGACAUUGGGCUGA